AUGUACCCACCGCAACCGCCACUAGCGCGGAUUCGCACCCCCGGGUUCGCCGGCUACGGUCUCGCCUGGUCACCCUUCUUCUCGCACCGACUCGCCGUCGCCUCCUCCGCCAACUACGGUCUGGUCGGCAACGGUCGCCUCCACAUCCUCUCGCUCUCCCCCAACGCAUCCUCUCUCCAGAUCGAAAAGGUGUUCGACACGCAAGACGGUCUGUACGAUGUUGCCUUUUCCGAAUCGCACGAGAACCAACUGGUCACCGCAUCCGGCGACGGAUCGAUCAAGCUGUGGGAUUGUGCGCUGCAAGACCAUCCGAUACGAAACUGGGCCGAACACAAUCGCGAGGUGUUCUGCGUGGACUGGAACAACAUCAAAAAGGACAUCUUUGCGAGCUCGAGUUGGGAUGCGAGUGUCAGGAUAUGGCAUCCAGAAAGACCAUCCAGUGUCAUGGCUAUCACGACGGGUCAUACCGGUUGCGUGUACGCGUGUGCCUUUUCACCCCACAAUCCGGAUCUGUUGGCGACGGCGUGCGGCGACGGUCAUUUGAGGUUGUUCGAUCUCCGGCAGCAAGCAGCCGGGGCACAGGCCAGUGUGACGAUACCCGUGGGUGGAGAAGUGCUGUGUUUGGAUUGGAACAAGUACAGGCCAAUGACGAUCGCCACGGGAAGCACGGAUCGAGUGAUCAAGACGUGGGAUCUCAGGAGCGCAGCAGCACCACAACCUGGUAGCGGAGUAACACCGUUGCAAAUGGGUACACCGACAGCAGCUAUCUUGGGACACGAGUACGCCAUUCGCAAGGUAGCGUAUUCACCCCAUUCAGCUCAGAUGUUGGCAAGUGCGAGCUACGACAUGACAGCGAGGAUCUGGGAUACCGAUGCCGCCGCCAUGAGUGGGCUGCAAGGUGCUGGUCAGCAACAACCGCAGCUAGGUGGAGGAGGAGGGGCAGCAGCGAUGAGGAAGAUACACGAUACGCACACAGAGUUUGUCGUGGGAGUGGCCUGGGGGUUGUUUCAAGAGGGCUUGGUGGCUAGCACCGCUUGGGACUCGGAGACGCACUUGUGGGCCUCGCAUUAG